ACGAUAACUAAACAUGCACAAUACAGUUAGAUAUCAUGGCAGUCAUGGGUUGUUUGUUAUAUUUCGCAAUUGUUGGACUCCAAGUUUCAAGUACCUUAGCAUCAGGUACCGUCCCUUUAACCAGUUUUCUUCAGAACCAAAAUUUCUUUAACAUAUUCAGAGGAGACACUGAUUUUACUCCUUAUCACGGGGCUCCAACAAAACCCCCACAAUUUGACGCUUUGAGAGUAGACGCAAUUGAUUUGAACAAGGGUGGUUGGAGAUUGAACACAACAAAUCUAGUAUACAGUGGCCUAAACGAAGCGGUUUUAGAUAGCUUUGGAUUUAGUUUCGUGUUUGAUGUUAUUCACAUAACCUUCCAUACCGAUAUGUUGGUCACGUGUCAAUACAUUACGGAUGGAAUGUUAUUUUCGCAACCCAUUAGCGGGGAAGGACCCUGUAUCGCACAUUUCAAAAAUAUUCAAUUCGGUAUGGCCAUGCCAUUUAGUGUUAUCGAAGAGUCUGGUCAACAGUAUAUAAAUCUUACAAACUACCGUUACUUUUACGACGUACGAGAUAAUGCUGACUUUACUUUAAAAAAUCUUUACUAUGGAGACGAGGAAUUAAGUCACCAGAUACAUUAUUUCCUAAACUAUAAUUGGAAAUUUAUCACAGAAUUAUAUUCACCGAUUUUUAUAGACGCAGCCGCUGAUUAUAUGUUUGAAAUCUUCAGAAACAACAUGCUCGAUAUGCCUUUAAAGAACCGCGUUGGCCACUAGACACAAAUUUUAAUUAAUA